AUGAAUCAUUCAAAAUAGACUAAAAAUAAGUUCAAUAUUGAAGAUUGUUCUGAAUCUGAAUAAGAAGAAACAUUAAGAAAAUCUUUGAAUGCUUAAUCUUAAUCCUUAUUUUAAACAUCUUUAUUUAGUGCAUUAGAUUCAUAAGUUAAAUCAUUUAAAAAGAAACCAAUAAUUAAAAAAUCUAUGACUGAAUUCCUUAAUAAUUAUGAUUAAAAUUUUGAUGAUGUAUUUGGUAGUAUGAAUAUCCCUAUAGAUAUAAAUAACCAUCAUUAACAAAAAUAAAAAAAUAAUCAUAAUAAUAAAGAUAAAGAUAAAGGAUAAAAAAGUAAUAAUAAUAAUAAUAAGAAAAAAUCAAAAAAGAGACCUAUAGAAACAUAAAAUUCAGAAUCAGAAUCAGAAUUAGAUUCUAAUACUAAUACUAAUUCAAAUUCAGAUAUAUAUACUAAAAAUAAAAAAUAAUCAAUUACAAAUACAAAUUCUAAAAAGAAGUAAUCUAAAAAAACUGUAGAUUCAGAAUCAGAUUAUGAAAAUAAUGAAUAAUAUGAAUAAUUUUAAGAAAAUAAAAAUACUAAAAAAAAUUAACCUUAAAAAUAAACUAAAAUCAAUAAUAAAUAAUCAUCUGAAGAAUAAUCUACAGAAAAUAAAAAAUAUAAUCCUAAUUAAUUAGAUUUACCAUCUAAUAAUAAAAAAGAAAAGAAAGGUUAAAAAUUGAAAAAAGCAAUGUUUAAUUUUGGUACAGAUGAACCUGACACAAAAAAAUAAACUAAAUCUAAUAAGAUAAAUAAUAAAAAUAACAAAUAAGAUAAUAAUAAAUAAUAGAAUAUAAAAACAAGAAGUAAAAAAUAAUAAAAUGAAUAAAAUGAUGAUUCUAAAAAUGAUAAAAUUGAAUAAUUAAUUAAUGAAUAUUAAAAAUCAGAAUAAGAAUUAUAAAAGACUCUUAAAGAUAAUGGAACUAAAGAUAAUUUAGAAAUUUAAGAUAAAAAUCAUAUGUUAAAUUUAGACAAUAUUAAAAUGAAUUCUUUGAUUCCAUAAUGCUGUCCAAAAACUAAAACAGAUGAUGAAGAUGAUAUUCAUGAUUCAUGA